AUGAGUGUGUCGAGCCGAUCGCACUACGCCACGGUCCGCCGCGCCUACGACGCCGCGCUCUUCUACUCGCACGGUCCGUACACGAACUGGCUCGCCGCCGCCUGCCUCGACAGCCUCCAGCUGCUGCCGCGCCACCGGCUCGCAGACGUCGGUGGAGGCAGUGGAGGCUUCGCGAGCACACUUCGGCAAGCCGUCGGCGGCAAGCGCGGCUGCGGCUCGCUCACCGUCGUCGAGCCGAGCGGCGAGAUGCUGGACGGCGCGCUAGAGACACCGCUCGUUGACGCGGCCGUGUGCUCCGACGCCGUCGGAUGGGCGUCCGGCGGUGGCGGUGGCAGCGGAGAGGGCGGCGGAGAGGGCGUUUUCGAACGCGUGCUGCUCAAGGAGGUGGUCCAUCACCUCAAUAGCGACGACCGGCGUCGGCUCUUUGGGCUGCUCCUCCGCCGACGCCUCUCGGAGGGCGGGCAGCUGUGUAUCGUCACGCGGGACGUGUGGGCGGCCAACCAGCCGGCGGAGGGCACCAUCGCCGCCGAGCUGGAGAGCGCGGGCUUCGAGGAUGUCCAAGUGCAGCGGCGUGCGUACCCUUGCGAGCUCCCAACCGAGGCGUGGUGCAGCAUGGUCCUCGGCCGCUUCUGGUCCACCUUUUCGCACUUUGACGAGGAGGCACUGAGGGACGGGUGCGACCAGAUCCGGGCCGAGGCGAGGAGGCGCGAAGGCGGGUGCAGCGGCGGACAGGGCGGCGAGGGUGGCGGUGGCCAGGCUGUUGGUUGCGGCGGUGGCGGUGGCGGUGGCAGCGGCGGCGAUGGAGGCAGUGGUGGAGGCAUGCUCCGAUUCGAGGACCGGCUGGUCUUCAUCACCGCAAAGGCGCCCAAAGCGAACGAUGGGUCGGCAGAGCCGCCGCACCGAGGGACGGCGGAGCCGCCCGCGCCUCCGCCGCUGCCACUCUCGCUGCGCAUCGCUCGUGAUGGCUUUGCGUCGCCGAUCCGCGUGCUGAGCCGUGAGGAGGCGGCGGAGGCGCUCGCCGAGCUGGAGGCGUACGAGGCUGAGUAUGGGGAGCAAGGGAGGCUGGGAGGCGACGCGCGCUUCAAGAUCCACCUCCUUCUGCCGUGGGCAGCGCGGCUGGUGAGGCACCCCGCCCUCGUCGCCGCGGCGCAAGAGGCACUCGGGACAAAAGAUAUCCUGGUGUGGUCCAGCGACGUGAACGACAAGCCGCCCCACUCGGCGACGUAUGCGUCGGCGCACCAACUCUCCCCGAGCACCGGCCUCCCGCUGUGGAAUACCGACGAAGAAAUGCGCCCACAGGCGCACCAGGAUUCGACGUACGCCGGCCUGUUGCCCGCCGACGGCGCGCUGACCGCGUGGGCGGGCUGCCUCGUCUUCGCGCCGGGCUCACAUCUGGUCGGCCAGCUGCCGCACGUCUGCCACCAGCUGCCGCAUGCGCGCGCGGGCGGCGACGGCGAUGGCGGCGACAACCUCCUCGCCUUUGGGCAGACGCUGAUCGAGUACGAGCAGUCCCUCUCCCCCUCUCCCCCCUCUCCUGGCGGCGGCGGCGGCGGCGGCGGCGGCGGCGGCGGCGGCGGCGGCGGCGGUGGCGCAGGUGGCGGCGGCGGCGUGCCUGCGCCACUCGCGGCGGGCGAGGCGAGCCUCCAUCUCUUCCGCACGGUGCACCGCUCGUCGCCCAACUGCACGGGCGCGCGGCGCGUCGGCUUGGCGGUGCGGUCUGCCACCCUCGUCGGCGGCCGCUACGACCCUGCGGUCGGCGCUUUUGAUCUGGAGGCGGAGCCAACAGCGCGCGCAGGGCCGGCGGAGCGGGCGCGGCACGCCGACGCAAUGGGGCGCGAGAAGGCAAACUACUUUGGCGGACGGGACGCGGCGGCGGCGCGGGGCACCGGCUACAAGUAG